AUGGGGUCUGCUACAGAGUACAGUGCUAUGGUGGACUCUUGCUUCAUGUCGCAGUUGCCUUCGAGUGGAAGAAAAUUUACAUGGAGCAACAAUCGGAAAACUGGUAAUGUGUCUGUAGUGCUUGACAGAAGCUUUUGCAAUGAGCAAUGGCUGACCAUUUUCCAAGACUCCUCUCAAGUGGUUUUUCCUAGAAUAGCUUCAGAUCAUGGACCGAUUUUGAUGACUUCAAUUGCUAGUCAGCACCCCUUAAACUAUCCAUUUUGGUUCCAUCAGUUCUGGAUGGACCACGAGGAAUUUAAUAAUGUGGUGGCAUCGUCCUGGUUGGAUUCCCUCCCUGGAAAUGAAGAAAUAAGGAGGGCAGUGUGGGAGUUGGACCCGGAUAGCUGGCCGGGGCCUGAUGGAUUCUCUGGUGCCUUUUUUCGCAAGUGCUGGUCUUUGGUGGAAGUGGAAGUGUGCAAUGCGCAUCUAGAACCUCUCCUUCCACGGAUGAUUUUAGAAGAGCAGGGUGCAUUUCAGAAGGGGAAGUUGAUUCAUGAUAAUAUCUCUGCGGCCUCUGAGCUAGCAAACUUAAUGUUCUCAACGACCAGAGGUGGGGGGCUUGGCCUGAAAAUUGACAUCAAGAAGGCUUAUGAUACUAUUUCUUGGUCUUUUGUUUUUCAAGGUUACUUCGGGGUGGAGCGCGGGCUAAUACAGGGUGAUCCUAUAUCUCCCAUGCUAUUUAUUAUAGCCGAAAAAGUUCUAUCCAGAGGGCUGUCGAGUCUAGUUCAGCGCAAGGAGCUCCAGGCAAUCCAUGGCCCAAGAGGCGCUACCACUCCUAGGAAUAUUCUAUUCAUGGAUGAUAUCUUCAUAUUCACCAACGCCUCCUUGAGGUAUGUUCGUACCCUAAAAAACUUAUUGAUGAAAUACCAAGAAUUUUCAAGCCAGUGCAUUAGCCUAGAGAAAAGCAAACUCUUCCUCGGGAAGAUUACUCCAGAUCAAAAGCAGAUCAUUGUUGAUACCCUUGGAAUUCAGAUCUAUAACUUCCCAACUCGAUACUUGGGUGUUGAAAUAUUUAAGGGAAGAGUGAAGAAAGAGGCCCUUCUGCCAGUGAUGGACAAGGUGAAGGGGCGCCUAGCGGGCUGGAAAGGCAACCUAUUGUCUUUGGCAGGAAGAACAGAACUGGUUAGAUCGGUCAUUGCGGGUAUCCCUAACCAUAGUCUUUCUAUUUAUUGGUGGCCAUCUUCCCUGUUAGCAACAAUGGAACAGUGGAUGAAGAAUUUUAUCUGGAUGGGUGAGAUAGAAUCUGCAAGAAAAAUUACAGUAAAAUGGGAUGCCCUUUGUAAGCCUAAAGAGGAAGGAGGCUUAGGUAUCAGGAGGCUCAGAGACACAAAUAGAGCAAUGCUAUGCAAACUAGUAUGGAGAAUCAAGCAUGAGAAGACGGUGGCCAGCUCUUUCCUUAAGGCUUGA